AGUUAAGAGUUCAGCUACAGAAUAAAUUAAACGCUUAACUCAGGUAUCACUGUACCCUGAGUUAAGAGUCAGAUGAUGUUGUAUUUCUGCUAAUACUACUGGUCAGUUUAACUCUGUCUUCUGUUUAUUUCAGCAAUGAUGCAUCUUCCAAAAAUUGAAGAUAGCAAAAGGCCAGUUUUGGAAAGGAAAAAAUUAUAUUCUGUCAUGCCUCCAAAGGGAUACAACCACAAGACAGUGGACGCUGUACAGAAAAAGCACUGUACCCGAGUUGUGGAGGAGAUCACUCUUCCCUCAAUCAAGUCGCCCUCUAUGGUAGGUGAACCUUGAUUCACAGCGGCAGCAUUUGAAAGCAUAUCCCCCUUUACAUCUGUGGAAUAAGGACAAAAACCUAAACAUCAAAUUUCAAAUUUUUGAAAGGCAAAAACACAGUAUUCUCAUUAAUUGUGUUUUUUCUUUUCACACAAAAAACCCAUAAAAUUAUUGGAACACAACCACAGUCUAAUCAAAUGUAUAGUCCUCACCAAGGAAAUAGAUAGGCAGAUGAGUUAGCUGGUAGGAAAAACUCUUCACUUGUUGCCUGCUUUGCCUGCCUCCCUCCCUCUCAAUUUCUCUCCUGCUCUCUCCUGUUUGUUACACUGCUACUUCUCAGUGGCAUGUCUUUUUUAUUCCAGUUUUAGGCAUAUGGCAAGCCCCCUGAGUCCUCCAUGUUGCUCUUCUCCUGGGAAUACGGUGAGAUAAUAUGUUUCCAAACAGCUUGAUAGUUAGAGAGCUAGGCCCUUUCCCAUAUAGAAAUGGAGUAGAUAAGAGCAAAAUAAACACUACUUUUCUCAGGACCACAUCAUACAUACCUAAAUUAGUCCUAGGAGGCUUGGACACCAUCGUCUUUUUCUAAAAAUGUUUUGUUUUUUUUCAGCACUUUUCAAAUGCCUUGAAACAAGAGCAAUUGAAUUUUGGGAUCCAGAAGAAUAUAUCAGAGACCAGAGAAAUGCCACCUAAGAUCCGCAAUAUUAUCAACCAUAUCGAAAGAUUACAGCAUUUGGGAUCUCUGCAGGAAAAGCUACAACUCCCUGAUUUCUCCUGCUUCCAGCCAGGUUUUGAUUUUGGAUAUUCAAGAUAUGAACGGCAUACUCCAGGCCUAGUAGACACAAGGAAGGCCAUGAGGCAACAGUCUUUGUCAAGCUCUGAAAGCCCUUCAAGAAUUCACAGGGGUCUCAAAAUGACUUCUUCCAGCAAAACUGACAGUGACAUUUCUAAACGUAAAGAUGCAAGGGGGCCGCCUGGCGCUGGAGGCGCUGCUGCCAGGGUUGCUGCGGGGCGCUUCGGGGCUGCCUCCACCAGGCCUGCCCGGGCUGAUCCGCUGCACCAGGGAAUACGGGGCUGCGCACGCCCAGGCGUCGUCUUCCUUGGGCGGGUUCCUCAGCGUCAGCAACAUCCGGCUGGAAAGCCUCAAAACCCAUUUUGAGGGCCUGUGCCUCCUCUUGCUCCUGGUGACGGAGAACAGCACCGAAACCUUCAGCCAGAACUGCCUGCCGUGGCUUCGGAGCCUACAGCACCUCAUCCAGUCCCAGGACCCUCUUCCUACCAUGGAGCUGGCGGUGCUGAUCCUGGGGGACCUGCUGGAGUUCUCCUGCCAGCUGCCGUACCUGGCACGAGAGAUUGGCACCAACCACAUCCCCGGCCUCCUCACCUCCCUCUUGGCCCUCAAGCACCAGGGCAAACUGGCGACCUUCUUCCUCUCCUGUGUGGACGCAAAAGUGCCUCGCUUGCAACAGGUCGACUUCAUGCAUAAAUCAGGGACAGGCCUUGAAGCCAAAGUUACAGAUUUGGAGGUCACCUGCAGUCAAAUGGAGGGUAGAACCCUGAGGCUCAGCAUGGGCUCCUAGGGUCCACAAUUGGGUUGACCGUGGACCAGGUGGCAGAGAGUCCAUCUGUGGAGACCAUAAUGUCAAAGGAGCACUGGCCAUAAAGCAGUAUGGAAUCUUAUAGAAAAAAUCAGGCAGCGAUGGGCAAACCCAUCAACUUUCAGAAGUUAAACUGAUCUCUUAUUUCAAAGCAAAAGUGUUCUGAUCUUAGCUAUCAGUGAUCUAUUGAAUUAAGUUCUUAACCAGUCAUUAGUAUUAUUUUAGCAAACAGAAUGAGCAAUAGCAAUUUGGAAAGCUCUUUACUAACUUGUAUUAUAUGAAAGUAUUGGAUUUUCCUUUUUAAAACUUCAUGUAAUACUUUACAAUUUAGUAGUAAAAUUUAUUAUUGUGUUCCUAUCCAGCUAGAGCAGUCAUAAAUGCUGAAUUUUUGAAAUGAGGUGUGUUUAGGUGUAUUUAGAAUCAUAGAACCAUAGAAUAGUAGAGUUGGAAGGACCUCACGGGCCAUCCAGUCCAAUCCCCUGCAAGAAGCAGGAAAAUCUCAUUCAAAGCACCCCUGACAGAUGGCCAUCCAGCCUCUGCUUAAAAGCCUCCAAUGAAAGAGCUUCCACCACAGUCCGGGGCAGAGAGUUCCACUGCCGAACAGCUUUCACAGUUCUUCCUAAUGUUCAGGUGGAAUCUCCUUUCCUGUAGCUUAAAUAAAAUAUUGUUCUUGGACUAUCUGGUUUGUGCUGUUUCAAAUUGGAGAAAAGUCACUGUGUUUUUAAUUUCUUAGAAUUGAUUUUAGGGAAUCUAAUUUGUCUUUGUGGGUAAGCACACUGAAAAUAUUCUCCUUGAAAUGCUAAGAUGGAUAUUUAGAAAAAAUAUACCUUGGAUGAGAUGCUUGAAGAAAUCAACAGAAGAUGUCUAUUGUUUUCAAACUGUGCCGGGAAUAAUUCUGUGGACGUCUGUCUCAGUAGGUGGAGACAAAGUCUUACU